AUUUUCCAUGACGUCACUUCCGGUCGCAUCGCGGAUUGCGGAAGCGAGUUUGUACAAAACAAGCUAGCGAUGACAACGUAGAAAAUCUCAAACGGUUUACCGUACAAAUCUACAGCCCAGGGUUUCGGGGGCCUUCUCUGCCGUCUUCUGAUGGUAGUGAUGUUGGAAGGCAGCUGCAAUGGGGCGGCUGAAACUCUUCGAGAUCGCCCUGGACGGGGAUAAGGCCGUGUACGAACCGACCGAAGUUGUGAGCGGCCAUGUUGUUUUGGAACUGCGGGGAGAGAUGCGACUACGCUCGCUGAAGGUGGACAUACGAGGGCUCGCCAAGGUGCACUGGACGGAGUCUCGCGGUAUGGGGACUGAGACGGGCUCAUACACCCAACACUUUACCGACGAACUGGAGUACUUCCACAUGGAAGAAACGCUACUGGGAAAUGGAACAGACUCCGAGUCAGAGGCAGAGGAUGACCAGCCACUGCUGACUGCAGGAAGACAUCAGUUCUCCUUCAGCUUCCAGCUCCCAGAUGAGCGACUCCCAACAUCCUUCGAGGGCAAACACGGAAACGUCCGGUACUGGCUGAAGGCAGAGAUUGACCGACCCUGGACGUUACCCUCCAAAGUGAAACGCGACUUCACAAUCAUUGAUCACAUCGACAUAAAUGACACAUACCACCUGACUCCCACAGGGGGAAGCAGGGAGAAGACAUUGUGUUGCUGGCUGUGUACAUCCGGACCUGUCAGUCUGAGUGCAAGAACAGACAGGCGAGGGUACUGUCCAGGUGAAUCUAUUGCAAUAUCAGCAGAAUUCGAGAACCACUCCUCGCGGCGGAUGAUACCCAAGGCAGCCCUGUACCAGACGCAGUGUUACAGAGCGGGCGGGAAGACACGGACAGUACGAGAGAACGUGGCACACAUGAAGGGGGAGGCCCUGUCAGCUGGGGACACAGUACAGUGGGAGAACAGACUACUGCCUGUGCCUGCCCUCACACCUUCUAUUAUCAGCUGUAGUAUCAUCACUGUAGAAUACUCUCUCAUGGUGUUCCUGGAUAUUCCAGGUGGUAUGAACCUGAUCUUGCACCUGCCCAUCGUCAUAGGAACGGUACCCCUGAGCAGACAACCUUACCCUAUCCACAUGUUCCCCAUGGCUGGCAUCUCAACUCCGUUUGCUGAUGCCCCUCCUAGUUAUGAUGAGUGUAUGGCUGGGCUGCCCUCUCCUGACAUCCCUGUGGAAGCUGCAUCCUAA